CAACACGUUCAUAUGUUUAUUUGUGUGUAUAAAUAAUUGCUGUUGUUAUUUGUUUACUGACAAGAGUCAAAAGUGUAAAAAUCAAAAGCAUGUAGAUUUUUAAUUUUGCUAAACGUAGCCAAACAUGCCCAAAUAUUUCGAUUGAUUUGGAAAUUUCUAUUAAAUAAAACAGUGACGUGGGGAAUAUGUACUUGUUCAAAAGCCUGCUGGCUGCGGCUGCGAAUGUACUCGAUACAUCUUGAAAAUGGGCAAGGAUUUAAGGAGGCAACGAAAAUCUCUCGCUUUGGAAGCAGUGCAGAGCAUCAGCUCUAGAUGCUAAAUUUGAACAAAAAAAGACGAAAUAGGGCAAGCUAACUUUGAAAAUAUUAUAUGCAUAUAUGAAACUAGAAGAAAGUUUGUAAUUAAAUUCAGCGGCCCUAGGUGCUUAUGCAUAUAUAUAUACGUAUAUACAUACCUACAUAUGCAUUCGCUAUAUUGGAUUUGUUCAUAAAAUGCCCAGCGUGUAGUUUGUGUAAACAAAGAAUGGAAGCACAGAAUUGUAUGUUUGGAAGCAUAUACAUAUGUAUGUAUUGUAUGUGCGUGUAUUUAAAAUAAUUGUGGCUAUAUAUUAAAAUGCGUGUGUAAGUCUCCACAUGGCUGGAGAAUUGAUAUACACAGAUCGAAUUGUUUAUAAAAUGAUCCAAAGCAGGAAAUAGGGCAGGCAAUAAAGGAGUGCAGUUGUUGGUACGUAUUGAUAAAAACAGUAUCUAUGAAUGGAGGGAAUUGUUCGCACACAAAAAAGCGAAAAGCGGAUAAGAGGAAUUUAAAUAUUUAUCAACUUUAUAUAUUUUUCUUCUGAUGCAUUACAUUUUCUCAAUAGGUAAAAAUGCAUUGCGAGGUUUCUACCAAUAACUAUUAAUGGGUCAUAUAACAUACAUACAUACAUACAUACAUAUGUAGAUCCCCAUUUAAAGUAAGCAGUGAGCAGGCUACUGCAAUGGUUUAUAUUAAAAGGACUUGUUUUGCGUCUACAACAUAUUAGAGAGAGAAAGAAAACUAUCAUAUUGUGCUGGUGAAGUAUGUAUGUAUAUUGUUCGUUCAUUUAUGCGUGCCCCACAAGAAAAAAUGCAAAGGCGUGCAGCAUGCAACACAAUCAUUUUUAAAAAAGGUGCAUAGUUACAAGGUACCACGUAAGGACCGACACAAUCAGCUGCCUGUUAAGCGGUCCGGUGUGCAAGGCAGUUAAAAUUAAACGAGCCUACUUAAGGGGAACUAUGUCGAGUUUAAUUAGCGACAGUGGAACGUCAGCAGAUUUGGAUAUCAGCAGCAGGGUAGUGGCUGUAGUUUCUGCGACAUCGGCUGCAGCAGCGGCAGCCACUGCUUUUGUGGGAUCCCCUAUUCAGGGAGACACCAAAGCCGCUUGUACGCAGUUCGAAAUGUCUGCAACAGCAACACCACCGGUCAUUAACACGGAUGCAGCAGUUGAAAGGAAAAAUCCAACUGACGAAGACAAUUCCAUCAACGAGAACGGAAAUAGCCUCAACCUAUCGUUAAUGCAAUCCUCACCGCCACCUCAUAGUUAUCGUCAUUCUCGAGCCUAUCGCCAUUUCAAGAAUCCUCCGCAGCCACAUAUGUGCAUUCGCACAACCACAGAAGCUGGCGAAGAACUGUUUAUCAAUGUGCUAAGUUGGACACGAAUCGUAAUACCACAAGAACCUACUGAUCCUAUACCUUUGUACGGUGGAAUGAGGGUACCGCCAGGGAGCCCACGGAGUCCGCCUAUCGUGUUUGCUGUAAUGGCGAAUCCAGAAGUUCUCAAAGAUUCAGGGCGGCACAGCAAGGAUCCGGAAGAGCGUAGGGCCAUGGUUGAAUUAAUGUGCGAUUUCGUGGAAGCAAUGAAUCCAGGAGUGAAACUAGUAAGAAACGCUGUUAUUUUAAGGGAUCGCGAUAUAACUGGAGAGCUAAAAGAUGUAUGGAAUGCGGUACAAGCCCAAAGGGAUCGAGAGCGUGAAGAGCAAAUUAUCCAGCAACGACAACAGCAACAUUUUCACAAUGUCACCACUCAACAGAUGUUUCCCAAAUCUACAGAAUCAAUACGAAAUUCAGAGCAAAACCUGGACAAUAGCUCAUAUUCGGAAAAGGUGAACAAAACACCGCUUAAUAGUCUAGCUGAGAGAACCAUGGUUAGGAAUGAUUCUCCGCUAUUAGGUAGCGAAAAUUCUGCCUCGAGACAAGAUUUCGAUCAUAAUAAAAUUAACGCUAUGAACACAAACCACUCAAAGGAAAGAAGUGAAUUGUGUGCCAAGGCUCUAAACGAAGAAAAUGCAAGUGGCGGGUUGGAAUCGCCGAGCGCAUCCACUGACGGAAAGGACCAAACAGAUGCUAGCUACAAGUUGUCGGCAAAAAUCGGUGUAGAAUGUAAUACAAGAGCAUCAUUGAAAAAGUUUUCCAGCCCACAAACAAUUGGAUCCGAAAACAGUGAGGCUAAAUGUGCUCAGCCUGUUAAUCAGUCACUAUCUGCAGUUUCUUGCUCAACAGUGACGACAGAAACUUCUACUAAUAUAAGAAAUGCAAUCACCGUUUCAAAUUCACUCACAACAUCCAAUUCUACAAAAAAUGCGCUGCUGGUCCCUACUUUAGGUUCAACGACGACUCCGACAAAAAGAGAUAAGCUGGUUGGAUUUUUACCUAACGGAUGCAUAUUUCCACGCUUUAAGAACAACAAGAACAAAGAAAAGGAUAGGGACAAAGAAAAGGAGACCAAGACAAAGGAUAAAGAAAAAACUCUUCUGAAUGCUUUAAAAAAAAGUAAAGAUAAAAAAUCUGUGCCAGUUGAAAAUUGUGAAAAAACAUCAGUAGAAACGGAUUCUAAAAUUGCGUACGAAAAGAACUGCAUUAGUUUAGAGACUGAGGUACAAAAAUUAGAUCUGAAUAAAAUCGAAACACCCGCCAGUGCCGACAAUAUGUUCGUUAAGCUGAAAAUUACUAGCACCUCAGCAACAGCAAAAUAGACAGGCGUUCAUGCCGAAAACUAAUCACCUGAACCGGUUUUUCAUGGCAGAAAUACACUCGGAGGCUUGCCCUGCCUGCCUGCCGAGGGGCGAUCGCUAUUACAUAGAAAACACUUUUUCUUUUCUUUUUUUUUGAUGUUAGUGGGAACCUGGGCUGGUGGCGCGCACUGCUAACCACUACACCACAUCGGCCGCAGUUAUUUAUUGCAUUUCGCCUCAAUUGCAUAUAUAUUUGUCAUACUCAGUUAUUAUAGCUGGUAGUUGGCAUUCCAACGAGUUUAAACAUAGAUAAUUAAGUUUUCAAAAAGUUUUGAAGUGACAGAAAUAAAUCUGUAUUGUUUCGGUAAUGUUAUUGUAUGCAGUGUUUGUUAAACAAUUUAUGUCUAAAUUGUUUGGCUUCAUAGAUAACAGCAAAAGAUAUUGUAUUUGUCAAUGUGAAAAACAAGCUUUAUGUAACUCUUCCACUGCCAAGUAUAGACCAAAUGUCAAAACUGCCGAAGAGCAAAUGAAGUUAGCUGCAUAUACAA